AUGGAUGAGAAAUACAUGUCCAAACUGUCCCCGACAGUUGAUUUCUGGGCAGGGAUUUACCUGGUGAUAGUUGCUGUCCUGUCAGUCUUUGGGAACGGGGUGGUUCUGGUAAGAGCAGUCGGUCGCUUCGCCCUACUCAAAUCUCCCGAGCUUCUGACAGUGAACCUGGCUCUGACAGACAUCGGCAUGGCCCUCAGCAUGUAUCCUCUGUCCAUUUAUUCGUGUUUUAACCAUGCCUGGAUUGGAGGUGACAGAUCAUGCCUCUACUACGGCCUGAUGGGCAUGAUCUUCAGCAUUACCAGCAUCAUGACUCUGGCUGUGAUGGGGAUGAUCAGGUUCAUGGUAGCAGGAAGUCCCCCGAAAACAGGUGUCAAGUUCCAAAGGAGAACCAUUGGUUUUGUGAUCAGUGGGAUCUGGCUGUAUUCCGGGCUGUGGGCGGUGCUCCCUCUGAUGGGAUGGGGCAGCUACGGGCCGGAGCCGUUUGGAAUCUCCUGCUCGAUAGACUGGACCGGUUAUGAGAUGUCCCUGAACCACUCAACCUUCAUCAUUGCUAUGUCUGUUCUCUGCACAUUCGUCCCCUGUCUGGUCAUCCUUUUCACUUAUUUUGGUAUUGCGUGGAAGCUGCACAGGGCCUACCAAUCCAUCCAGAGCAACGAUUUGCAAUGUCGCAGUGUUGAGAAGAAAAUAACUCUGAUGGCUUUGAUGAUCAGUUCUGGGUUCUUCGUCGCCUGGACCCCCUAUGUGGUUGUGAGCUACUGGAGCAUGUUUCACUCACGGGAGAAGGGCCACAUGUCUCCCGUUAUCAGCAUGCUACCUUGCUUCUUUGCUAAGAGCUCCACCGUAUACAACCCUUUCAUUUACUUCAUCUUCCAGCGUACCUCCUGGCAAGAGCUUCUGCGUCUCCAGAGACUGAUGUUUUGUUGUUUUCAUCGAGGGAAUUUACCUGCUGAAGGCAGGAAGCUUGGAGAGCAAAUGGUCAAAGUGUCAGACUCCACCAACUUUGAAAAUAAGACUGCUGAAACCUGUUUGGGAUAA